UGUUUGCUAAGGGUGAAUCAGAUAUCGAGCAACUAGCAAUGGUCCUGCGACAACUUGGUACACCAACAGUGGAAACAUGGCCCGACCUUCACUCUCUCCCUGAUUAUAAUAAAAUAACGUUCCCCUACCAAAAAGGUAUGCUAUGGGAGCAGGUGGUACCGGAUGUCACUUCAGAAGUCCUGGAUCUCAUUCGGAAUAUUUUGGUCUACAAUUCAUCGAAGCGGUUGACAGCAAUUGAUGCAUUGAAACAUAAGUACUUCUACACGCGACCUUACUCCUGCUGCAUUCAAAGAUUGCCCAAACCUCCUUACGAUCAUCGAAAUUUACUGCGUCUGAAGGAUAUUGAUCCUCUAGUUAAACCCACAGUGAUAUUCAAAGAAAUAUUGAAUUUAUCUUAAUCUGAGACUGUUUCCAUUAUUACAUACUAAAGGCGGCUCCUUGCCCACUUCACCCCCCACCCUCGGGGCCAGUAAAGUUUUAUCCAAAUCACACUGUUGCACUCAGCGUAUAACAAUACUCACGAUAUUAUCAUAGAGAUACGAUCACACGUCAGAUGAAUUACUGUGUGACUAAUAAUGUUUAAGAGUUCGUUUAGGUCAAUUAAGAAUUCAUUUUCAAUCACACAUGAAAUCAAAUA